AUGGCAUCCUUGAACCCUUUGUCUAUCCCUGGCGGGUGGAAGAAGGACACCCCGGUAACGGAGAACCAAGAUCCCGCCGAGUCAGUCCCCCGAUCGGCAACUGGAAACAGCGGCGGCGACCAGGCCGAUGAGAAUGGCGUGGGCAGACAGUCUGUCGCCGACUUUGCCGACGCCACCGAAGGCCAUGACAGCACCCACCAGGACGAGCGCGGGACCGAAUACUCCAUCCACGCAGGCGAGUCGGCAGCGGAAGCCCCUGUACAGAUGGAGGACCGUGACGGUGAGGCUGGAUACGACAAGAUCGCCGGUGGGCUUGUCGAGGCCGAUGGACGCGUCGUCUCCCGAAGCGGCAUGACCGCCGGCUCAGUCGUCGACGGCGACGCCGCUCAAAUUGAAGGCAGCAAGGUUGGUGACGAUGGAACCAUCCGUGACCUCGGCGGGGAACCUGUAGGCAAGGCAGAGCCUCAGAAUGAGGCAGAGGAAGAGAAGCCUGAGGAGGAGAAGCCUGAGGAGGAGAAGCCUGAGGAGGAGAAGCCUGAGGAGGAGAAGCCUGAGGAGAAGCCUGAGGAGGAGAAGCCCGGAGAGGAGGAAAUUGAGGAUCACGCCGGCGACUACCAGAAAGAAGCGUACAGUAAACUCGCUGGCGGCACCGUCGAAUCUGAAGGUCGUGUCACUUCCAAGGGUGAGCUCGUCGGCACAGUCGUCGAAGGUGACGCCAAGGCCCUUGAGGGCAAUAGGGUCGGCGAUGACGGAACCAUCCGAGAUAUCAACGGAAACCCUGUAGGCAAAGCGGAGCCUCGUGAGGAUUCCGAGGUCGAGUCCCAGGAGACUGAGGAGCUUGAAGAGGAGCAGCCUGACCGAUCGAUCCUGGAAGGGAAACGAGUCAACAAAGCUGGUAACGUUGUCGACGAAUCGGGUGCUAUUUUCGGGCGCGUCGUCGAGGGCGACGUGGCGUCGAUUGCCGGCCGGAUGUGCGACAAGGACGGCAACGUGCGCAGUGAGUCGGGCAGUGUGGUCGGAAAAGCCGAGGUGCUUGCCCAGGAUAAGCGGCAGGGCCCCAAGGAGGGGCCGUUUGCGGAGCUCGAAUGCACCGUUGGUAAAGACGGCAAGGUGGUGACGGCAUCGGGCGACACCAUCGGGCGGAUCGUGUCAGGCGACGCAAAUGCACUUUUCGGCCGCGUCGUGGACCAAGAUGGCGAUAUCCUGGACCGCAACGGCAACGUGAUUGGCAAGGCGGAACGGUGGGAGGAGCCUGUGGUCGAGAAGCCCAAGAGCCCACUAGCUGGGCGCAAGGUGAACCGUGAAGGCGACGUGGUCGACGACGACGGCAACAUCAUUGGCCGGCUGGUCAGCGGUGACAAGACGAUGUGCUCGGGCAAAGAGGUCGAUGACGACGGCGACGUGACCAACUCCAAGGGAAACACUCUCGGACACGUUGCCCUACUCGAGGAUAUACCCCCCGAGCCUGAGUCGGCCGAGGAGCGCGAGGAGCGCGAAAAGGCCCAGAAGGACAGGGAGCUGGCCGGGAAGCUGGCUGGAUCCAUCGAACAGUCUCUUGAUAAGCUCCGGCCCAUCCUCAAGCUCAUCACCGACAAGAUUGACAGGGCAGAGCGCACCCCCAAAGAGGAACUGGAUGAGGAGCAACUCGUCAGGGAGGUCAAGCCACUCAUCGAGGAAGGGGCCAAGGUCCUGACCGAGACCAACGGAAUGAUUCGCGGCAUGGACCCAGACGGUCGCAUCCAGCGAAACGCAAAGCAUAAGACGUCCACUAAAGAAGCGACCCCCGAGGAGCAUCACCUUGCCGAGAUGCUCAAGGAGCUUACCACCAGUGUCACCGAGACUAUCGACAAUGCCAAGCGCAAGAUUGAGGGCAUGCCUCACGCGAAGAAAGAGCUUAACCCUCUGUGGGGUCUGCUCACCGAGCCUCUCUUCCAGAUCAUUGCCGCCGUCGGUCUGCUACUGAACGGAGUGCUUGGCCUCGUCGGAAGACUACUGAGUGGUCUAGGUCUCGGUGGCCUCGUCGAAAACAUCCUCGGCGGUCUGGGCAUUGACAAGAUUCUCGCCAGCUUCGGACUGGGCAGCGCCUGGGAUGCUCUGACAGGAAGAAACCAGAAGUGA